CUUUCAAUACAGUAUGGAAGGACAUAGAAGCAGCAAUUUGUGAUUACAACUCUAGAGAGUCAGAACUCGAACCCCGUGGGAUACAGCAAUAUGAUGCUGAGGUCGGCUGUCUACGUCAAGAACUUAUUGCGUCAUCUGAUACACUAGUGAAAUAUCUUAUAAGAAUCAAUACAUCAGAGAGUUCAGAAGAAAAGUCAAGACACUUAGAUACCUUCAUUAGAAGAAAGGGAAUUGUUGAUAGAUUUCUAGCUGGUGUUGCAGAGCGUAUGUUAGAGGCAGUUGAAAACAUAUCGCAUAAGAUGGCAUCCGAGCAUAAUAGUCGCAGCAGCAAGAGGUCCGGAACUUCAACAAGUCCAUCAGUCAUACUGUUAGAGAAGCAAUUAAACGUUGAGAGACAGAAGACUCGAUUAGAAUUCCUGAAGCAUGAAUUAACACUAGAAAAGAAAAAGUCGCAACUGGAGUUGGAUCUUCGCUUAUUAAAACAGGAGCAAGAAACUGCUGUCGCUGAAGCAGAAGCCAAAGUGGCAAGAGACCAUAUCACACCUCAAGAGUUCCAUGUCAAAGAAGAGCGUCAUUCACAAAUUCCAAAGAAUGAGAUUGUGUCUCGUUUCCUAUCAUCACUCGACAGCCAGUCCUCAGAAGGAUUUGUUAAACUACCUCCGCCCAAUUUUAUUUCAACUCCACAUGAGCCUGUGCUUGAGGUCAAGGACACUGACCCUCCAAGGCCAUCAGCUAUGCCUGACCCGAAUCCAGGCAUUGGUGACUUCACAUCAUUUUUACUUAAGAAAGACUUGUUGACUUCACGAUUCAUGGCUUUCACUGACCAACCAGAAGCAUACACAGGUUGGAAAACCAGCUUUCAAGGAAUUCUGAAGGAACUGCGGGCAACACCAGGAGAGGAGUUGGAUUUACUCAUAAAGUGGCUAGGAGCAGAGUCAAAGAAAUUUGCCAUGAGCAUGAGAACAGCAAAUCCAAAGGAUCCACAGAAGGCUGUGCGACUGAUAUGGCAGCGCUUACAAGAACGCUACGGUAGCCCAGAACUUGUGGAGGCGGCCUUAAAGUCUAAACUGGACAAGUUUCCAUCUGUAUCUAUAAGUGACAGUAAAAAACUGUAUGAACUGGCUGAUCUGUUGACUGAAAUAGAUUCAGUUAAGGAGGACCCUACCUAUUCAACCCUCUUGUCAUAUUUCGACUCUUCCAGUGGAAUCUUACCUGUUGUGAGAAAGCUCCCUGUGAAUAUUCAAAAAAAGUGGAUUACUAGAGCUUCGGCCUUUAAGAGACAUUCCGGACAACCACAUCCUCCAUUCAAGUAUUUUGUGGACUUCAUAAUGGAGAUGAGUCAAAUCAGGAACGACCCUGGACUAUGUCUACAGGAUCGGAGAAAGGAAAACAUACCGGUACAUCGCCCUGAGCGCAGGGUUAUAAACAGAAAGACAGACCUCGAAGCUAGCAACAGUGAGAAAUACAAGGACCAUUUUGAUCCUAGGAAAAAAUGUCCAAUUCAUCCAAAGGAUUUUCAUGCCUUGAAUAAGUGCAGAACUUUUCGCAUCAAACCAAUGAAAGAACGCACAGACAUUCUUGUAAGGCAUGGAAUUUGUUUCAAGUGUUGCAAUUCUACUGAGCACUUUUCAAGGAACUGUAAUGAGAAAGUAACAUGUUCUGUCUGUGCAAGUGAUGCACAUCCGUCGGCGCUUCAUGUUGACCAAAGGAGCCCUCAAGGCGGGGAGAGAAAACAAGAUUCAGAGACAAAAGCUACUGUAAAUAGCAAGUGUGCGCAGAUUUGUGGUGGUAUUCAAGGAGGAAAGUCGUGUUCAAAAACAAUUCUGGUUAAUGUGUAUCCACAAGGAGAACCUAAUAACUUUGUGAAAACUUACGCUUUGAUUGAUGAUCAAAGUAAUUGUUCAUUAGCCAAAAGUGAACUCUUUGAGAUGUUAAACAUUAACUCUGAGACGAAGGAUUAUCAGUUACAAACAUGUUCAGGAGUAAAAACUAUGACCAGCAGGAUUGCCAAAAAUCUUGUUGUAGCAUCACCGGAUGGACGCACAAAGCAUUUGUUGCCCCCUAUUGUGGAAUGUGAUGACAUACCGAACAAUCGUGACGAGAUUGCAACGCCAGCCUUGGCAAGAAGGUUUCAACACCUUUCAGACAUAGCAUGUCACAUUCCUGAAUUAGACUCUAAGGCAAAGAUAUUGCUUCUUAUCGGCCGUGAUUUGAUUGUUGCACACCAUGUCCAUGACCAAAGAAUUAGCCAUGAUGCUCCGUAUGCCCAGAAGUUGAGUCUCGGUUGGACGAUCAUUGGUGAGACAUGCUUGAACAAGGCACACCUACCUGUAAAUAUUUCAGUGAACAAAAUAUACCUGCAUGACAAUGGUAGGCCUUCUAUCCUGCGGCCCAGUAACAGCUCACUUACAGUUAAGGAUCCUUGCAUCGACCAGGAACAGUUUUCCUCUGUGUUCGAGAGAACGCCAAACGAUGAUAAGCCAGGACCUUCUCAGGAAGACAUUGUUUUCCUCGAUAUUAUGGAAAGUGAGUUCCAUCGCAACCAAGUGGGAGAAUGGACAGCUCCCCUACCUUUUAAGCCUGGACGACCCAGACUUCCAAACAAUUACACUCAAGCAGUCAAGAGAGCCAAAAAUCUAGACUCCAAUCUCAGGAAGAAUCCUACAAAGAUGGAUCAUGCCCUAACUUUCAUGGAAGGGAUUUUUACCAAAGGACAUGCUGAAAUAGCCCCACCUUUACAUUGUAAGGAUGAGUGUUGGUACUUGCCAAUAUUUGCCAUUUAUCAUCCUAAAAAGCCAGGAAAAAUCAGGAUGGUUUUUGACUCCUCAGCUUCCUACGAUGGAAUUUCAUUGAACUCUGUUCUGUUAUCUGGACCGGAUUUGACCAAUAAUUUGUUGGGCGUGCUUCUUCGAUUUCGCAAAGAGAGAAUCGCAGUCAUGGCAGACAUAGAACAAAUGUUUUAUUGUUUCCGUGUGGCCAAAGAUCAUCAAAACUACUUGCGUUUUCUGUGGUACAAGAACAAUUACCCAUCAAAUGAACUAAUUGAAUAUAGAAUGACUGUGCAUGUUUUCGGCAACACGCCGUCACCGUCUGUUGCAACAUAUGGCCUGAGACAAUCUGUUGCUGAUCAUCCAGAUCCUGAUAUAAGGGAGUUAGUGCACAGAAGUUUCUAUGUGGAUGAUUUGUUGGUUUCAGUUCCAGUUGCAGAGCAAGCUGUCAAGCUUAUCAGAAAGACUCAGGAAGCCUUGAUGGAAGGCGGGAAGCUCAGAUUACACAAAGUAGCCUCCAACUCACAGGAAGUGAUGAGUGCAUUCGAUGAAGGAGAAAAAGCUAAAGACUUGAAAUACAUUGAUUUGCGACUGGAUGAGGCACCCUUACAGAAGAGUCUAGGACUGACCUGGGACUUACAGACUGAUUCCUUUACGGUUGAUGUGUCCCUUGAGCAGAAGCCAUUUACAAAGCGUGGAAUGCUGUCCACAUUAAACAGCCUAUAUGACCCCAUUGGUUUCAUCAGUCCAGUAACACUGAAAGGAAAGAUACUGUUUCGUAAAGCCCUGAAUUCACCGUCUGACUGGGACGAUCCUCUUCCACCUGAGUUUGAGGAUGAAUGGAGGAAUUGGUGUGAUUCACUUGAGGAAUUGGCCCACAUUAGCAUCCCUAGACCAUAUACAUCAUCAGGCUUGCAGGACGCUUCUAGAGUGGAAGUACACAUUUUCUGUGACGCCUCGGAGAUUGCUAUCUCUGCAGUUGCUUACCUUAAGGUAGUUGAAAUGGAUCAUACAGACAUUGGUUUCGUGCUUGGGAAAUCCAAGUUGGCGCCAGCACACGGACACACAGUUCCCCUACUAGAACUGUGUGCAGCUGUGCUCGCAAGUGAAAUUGCAAACAUAGUGACAGAUAAUUUAGACUCAAGGAUUGACCAUUUACAGUUCUAUUCCGAUAGUCGCAUAGUACUAGGCUACCUGUACAAUACCUCAAGACGAUUUUAUACCUAUGUGUCCAACAGGGUUCAGAAGGUACUUAAGCUCGCUCCAGCUAGUCAUUGGACCUAUGUGCAGUCAGCAAAGAACCCAGCAGAUAUCGGGUCAAGGUCAAUAUCAGCAAGAGACCUUCAAAGUAGCGAGUGGAUCAAGGGACCUGAUAUACUCUCUAGUGUGCAAGAUGACAAGGAGGAGUUUCAUUUGGUUGAUGCUGACCACGACAGUAAUGUGAGGCCACAGCUGUCAACCCUUAUGACUGUCACAAAGAGACCAUUCGGGAUUGAACGAUUCCAGAGAUUCUCCACCUGGAAGUCAUUGGUCAAUGCUAUUAGCAUUUUGAGAUAUGUGGUAUUGCGUAGGCAUGGAGUUCACUGUGAUAGGUUCUCAUCACAUUUCCGUCGAACUACAGAGAUAUCCAUUUUCAAGUUGGUGCAGCAGGAGACCUUUCAUCAGGAAAUAGCAAAUCUUCAUGAAGGCAAGGCUAUUUCUAAGAACAGCUCUAUUGUCAACCUUGACCCUUACCUGGAUGAUGAUUCCAUUCUUCGUGUUGGUGGACGCCUUCGUUCAGCAGAAAUUGACCACAAUUUCAAGAAUCCUUGCAUUAUUUCCCGAUCACACAUAGCCCGACUUCUCAUCAGCCAUCAACAUGACAUGGUGCAGCACCAAGGAAGACACUAUACGGAGGGAGCUGUGAGAAGUGCUGGUUAUUGGAUUGUUGGCUGUAAGAAACUAGUGUCAUCUGUGAUUUACAAUUGCGUGAUAUGCCGCAAGUUGCGUGGACGUUUAGAGCAUCAGAAGAUGGCAGAUCUACCAUCCGUACGAGUUUGUCAGUCUCCACCAUUCACUUAUGUGGGUGUUGAUAUGUUUGGUCAUUGGGAGGUGGUGACAAGGAAGACACGUGGGGGAAGUGCCAAUAGCAAGCGGUGGGCGAUACUGUUUACCUGCCUGUCCUCCAGAGCUUCCCAUAUUGAAGUGGUAGAAGAUAUGUCUUCAUCGGCCUUCAUCAACGCCCUUCGCCGCUUUAUUGCCAUUAGAGGACGAGUUGCAGAAUUUAGGUCUGACAGAGGCACUAAUUUUGUUGGAAGCAUAGAUGCGUUGGGAAUCAGUGCAGUGAAUGUUGAAGACCCAACCUUUAAAACCUUUUUGACCAAGAAUGGCUGCAGUUGGAUUUUCAACGCCCCCCACUCUUCCCACAUGGGUGGUGUUUGGGAAAGAGUUAUUGGACUUGCUAGACGAAUACUUGAUGCCAUUCUUCUAAAGCAGCCGAAGCGUCAGCUUACCCAUGAUGUCCUUGUAACGUUGAUGGCGGAAGUUACAGCAAUACUCAACAACAGACCUUUGGUUCCUGUUUCUAUGGACCCACACAACCCAUUGGUGCUUACCCCCAAUAUGUUGCUUACUCAGAAGAGUGUAGCGGAUGUUCCACCCUUUCAGGAACUUGACAUUAGAGACAUGUAUGUUUCAAGCUGGAAACAUGUACAGGUUAUAGCACAGCAGUUUUGGAAACGGUGGCACACUGAAUAUUUGCAACUUCUUCAGCAAAGGAGAAAGUGGACAGAUUCUAAGGACAAUCUACAGAUUGAUGUUGUUCUGCUUCGAGAGAAGGAAGCUCAUCGCAAUGAUUGGAGUAUGGGCGUUAUCAAUCGAACAUUCCCUGAUGAAGAUGGCAAGGUCCGAAAGAUCGAGGUUCGCACUAACAGAGGAGGACAGCUCGUUCAUUAUGUGAGGCCGAUUACAGAGGUUGUUCUCCAAGUCCCACAUCGGUGAUGGUAAGACUUGUCUUGCGGAAGGUGUAGUGUAGUGACUGGCGUCAGGCGGGGAGUGUUCUGACACUUUCCGGAUUUGUGCGUUCCGUAUUUUACCUUUCUGUUUUAUAUGCACUUAGGUAAUGUUGCAUAUACGAUUAGCAGCAUGGCAUGGCUGCUCACGGUUUUGGCCGUCCUAUACUUUUAAGUGUUUAAUUGCAACCGAGUGCGUGUUCCCAUGGUUAUUUUACCCUUUCAUAUCUUGCUAUAAUAAACAGAUAACUGUUUAUUGUGUUAUUCAUUUGGACCUGGCAAGAUAAGGGUUACGUCUGCCCUGUUCGUGUGGCAGUGAGGCAGAACAAA